AUGCCUUUUACAUCUCCGACGGAAAAUGAGCCGUUUAGUCCGACUUUUAUUCCAGAGACUCAACUGUCUGACCGUGAAUCCCCAAUUGAGCUCGUAAAUUUGGAGAAGGUGGAUUCCGACACUGCAGGUAGAAGAAAGCGGUCAACAUGGAGUAAGGUUGAAGAUGAGGUUUUAGUGAGAUCGUUUGUUACUAUCAGUGAUGAUCCAAUCAUCGACAAUGAUCAGAAGGUGGAUGCCUUUUGGGGACAUAUUGCAAGCUACUACAAUGAGAAUUGUCCUCCAGGUACACCCAAUAGAAUUGCUAGUGUCAUACGAUCGCACUGGCACAAUACCAUACAAAAAAAGGUAUAUCGCUUCAACGCAAAUUACAAUAGUAUUUAUAGUGUGUAUCGUAGCGGCCACAGUGAUGAGGACAUAUUACGGCUUGCAUAUGAAAAGUAUCACGAGGAAAAUAAUGGCAUUGCAUUUAAUCUCGAGCAUGUAUGGAGAAUCAUAAAAGAUCGUCCAAGCUUUACUCCACAGUCCGUUGAUCACCUUGUUGGCACGAAGAAGGCAAGGACCUCGGAGUCGGGGGCAAGCAAUACCUCAUCUAACCAAGAUGCGAGUUUACAUGUAGACCUAGAUGAAGAAGAAACUCGUCCAAUGGGUCAGCAUGUAGACCUAAAUGAAGAAGAAACUCGUCCAAUGGGUCAAAAGGCAGCAAAAAGAAAGGAGAAAGGCAAAAUGAAAUCAGACAUUGAAGGUAUGACAACAAAUUUGGACAAUAUGUUUGCAAAGUUUACUAAGUAUACAAGCAUAAAAAUGGCUGAAGUUGAAAUGAAAAAACAACAACUCAAAGUUGAGGAGAUGAAAGCAAACGCUGUCGAGAUGAAAGCAAAAGCUGCCUUAGCCAAAGUUCAAUUAAAAGAAUAUGCAAUCCUUUCAAAGGACACUUCGCAAAUGACAGAGGAGCAAUUAAUCAUCCAUGAACAUCUAUGCCAAGAGAUUAAGGGGAGAUGGAAUAUGUAA